AUGGUGUGUGAUUUACAGUUUCUACAAUACGACAUAGAUACACCACCAUUGAGAGAGUUCACAUUUUGUACUUGGAUUCGUUCAUACGACCUUGAAGCUGAACAAAGUAUUUUCACAUACGUAGCGAAUGGAAAUAGCCGCGUCCUAAGACUUUGGUUGGACUCCGGUGGACAAUAUUUGAUGUUGUCUAUUAAUGGGAAGAUAACUUCUGAAAUCCCUGUAGAUAUUGCUAGAGACGUCUGGAGGCAUGUUUGCCUCUCCUAUCAAUCAGAUUACGGAGCUUGGGCUGUCUACGUGGACUCCAAACUAUUUUUAUGCGAAAGCAAUGAUAAACUUUUUAGUUAUGUUUUACCUGGAGAUGGAAGCGUUAUUAUUGGAUAUGGAACUACAGACAAUGGAAAACCAAGCGGAUUUGAAGGGGAGAUGUUCGGUGCCAAUAUGUUAUUAGCAUCAACAAUUGACAGAAACCAUUCCGUAUCGUUUGAUUAUUAUGACCCAAGAUCUAUGAAAAAUAAUCGAGUCAAAGAAAGAGAAAGAAAUACUAAAUAUGUAGUUUUCAGUGACUUACAGACUGAUGAAAUCCAUAAUAAUUUCGAAAAAGCAAUAACACCACCAACAAAUAAAAGUAAAAGUUUCAUAAAAAUUAAUACACUUCAUAGUUCUGUCGAUCAUGAUGUGGGUUUGGAGCACACAACUAUGAAAGUAAAAACUUUCGAUUUAUCGAAUGAAAAAGAGUUUUUGGAUUUUCCACCAAGUUUUCACACAACUGAAAAAAGUACUAAUACUUUUUGGAAUACUGCGAAUGAUGCAGGAGGUGAAGGAAAAUUUCAAUUUAAAAAAAAUGAAACACCUAGCAAUGAACUACCAAUUACUUACACGAAAGAGAUAACCACACUAUCUGAAUAUGAAACACCGCCGCCACCACCACCCCUAGUACCGAAACCUUUUCAUACUAUUAAUAAUAAUUUUAAUGAAGACAAUAUUGAUUUCAAGAAAUACUUCAGAAAAAAGGGCUCUGAUAUUUUACCUACUGCAGAAACACCUCCACCCUCCCACAGAGAUAACAAAGUUUAUGGCCAAUGGACAAGUUCUAAAUUUGCUGGAAGCGUUUUAAAUUAUUUGAAAAGUAUAAAUUUCCAUAAUCGCGAAAAAAAAGUUCCUAUGUCAUUUCCAAAGACAUCAGACAGUUAUCCUUAUGCAUCCGACUUUAAAGUUACUAAAAUCAGGCCAUCCGUACAAUUUCAAAGAAAAAACUUUAUGGAUCAUAGAAUCAGAAUACAUAAACGAGGUAUCUCUGAAAUGCCAGAGGUAAAUGUACAAAUAUUAGAAGAUGAUAUAAGAUCAGAAAUAUUGAAAAUGCACGCAAUAACAGAACCUAAGAAUGUUGAAAUUACGAAUAGAGGUGAAUCGCAAAAACAUAUGGAACAUAGAUUUUACAGAAAUGUCAACGGUGAACCUACUUCUGUGGAGAAUUCUGGUAGUGUUGAAGAUAUUUAUAAGCCACGGCCCUUUUCAGCGCAAGUUGAUAAAAUGGAAAAGAAUAAAAUUUUAUCAGAUUUAGAAAUAUAUAAAAACCACAAUCUAAUGUCGAUACUUCCUUUUCUUAAAUCAUUGGAAUAUUUUGUAGAAGAUCCAUUUAAUAAACUGCAGAUAAAAGAAAAUGUCGAACGAAGUAGUGACAUGUAUACAAAAAGUUUAUCAAACGGAAAUAAAUGGCAUAAUAUUAAAUCAUAUAAUAACGAUUAUACGCCUAGACGUAUAAAUAUAGAUUCUAGUGAUGGGAGCAGCAACGUUGAUGUUGACAUAGCUGAUUUUAACAGAAAACAUCCUUCUUUGAAGUUAAGAUAUAAACACCACAAAAGAAAAUAUACAACAACGAAUGAGCCAAACAUAUUAAAAGGUAGACACCUUGCAAUGCUUGUAUCGAACCAAUCAAGUCCAAACCAAGAAUCCAUAUCUAUUAUUAACUAUAAUCAUGGCCACCUUCCACCACACAAAUUAAAAGCGUUCGGGAAAUUAAAGGGUGCUACAAAGGCAAACUCCAAAUAUAAUCAAGUAAACAUUAAAGGUAAUUUCAAUAAACAAGUUAAACUUGGCAAUGCGUUAAAUGAACGUGAUGUCAUUGGCUUUAAUGAAGAGCAAAAAAAGCAAAGCUUUGAAGGAGGGAACGAGAAGGUUCCUGAUAUAAAUCGAUACAGGUCCGAUAUCGACAACGAAAAUACUAACGCACCAUCUUCAUUGAAAGCAAAAACAUGCAUAAAUGCUAUAUCCAAUAAUCGUGCAUUAUACAUUCAACGAGAUGAAAGUAUUACUAUUUCGCAUAUUGUUUCACCAGUUAGAAAGAAAAAUGUCGCUAUAGAAUUCAUAAAAUUAAAUUAUAACCAAUGUUCUUUGGAAGGUUCCAGUUUUGAAAAAAGCGUCUUGCUUUUCAUAGAUUGGAGAAAAACGCCCGUAAGACUGUUUGGAGGAGCUCAACCGAAAAGAACAACUGACCUUUGUGGUUUCUUCUAA